AUGACGGAUCUUCGCCAAAUAGAUCGCAAAUUCUUACUACAAUUUAUUGAACUCUAUCGUACCCUUCCAUGUUUGUGGAAAAUUAAGUCGCAGGAGUAUAGUGAUCGUAAUAAAAAAGAAAAAGCAUAUGAACUACUAGUAGACAAAUUAAAGGAAGUGGAUGCUGAGGCCACAAAAGAGACUGUAAAGAAAAGGAUUGAUGGUUUAAGAGGAAGUUACAGAAGAGAACUAAAAAAAGUUAAACAAUCCACAAGCAGCGGGGCUGGAAGUGACGAUGUUUAUACACCUAACUUGUGGUAUUUCGAGGAACUUUCAUUUUUGUGUGAUCAGGAAGUCACCCGAUCAGGCGUAUGUAGUUUGCAGGAUGAGGAGGAGGAAGACAACAUGAAUGACAAGGAUAACAAUGGUACUCAGGAAGAGAGCAGGGAAUUCUAUGAGGACGAAGUAAGCCAGUUCAUUCAGUCGCCACAAUCUUCAUCUAUUGAUGAAAGUCUUCCGAGAACUAACUCCCGACCACAAUCAGCUGCUUCAACGUCCCGCUGGAUUACAACCCCAACAGUCAGAAGAAAGAAGGCAAAAGCUUCCGCCUCGGUUUCUGGAAUUUCUGCCGAUGACAUUUUGAUCGAUGUACAUAAAAAAUUAAAAAAUGAAGAUGCAGAAGAUGAAUUUGCUAUAGUCGGCAAAAACGUGGCUUAUAAACUACGAAAAUUGUCAAAAGAAACGGCAAUGGUAACAGAAAAAUUAAUUAUGGAUUUACUUUUCGAAGCCCAGUUGGGAAAUAUUGACAAGUCUUCGGAAAUAACUAUUACCCAAAAGGGGCAAGCUGUACAGCAACAGACAGCCAGUUUUACAACACUACAACAGGUUCAUAACCCUGUUCAGCAAGGACAAAACAUGGUAAAUCCUUAUACUAGAGGAACUUAUUUUGGACAUUACAAUCCUAAUGAUAGUUUUAAUUAA